UCUCUCUCUCUCUCUCUCUUUCUCUCUCUCUCUCUCUCUCUCUCUCUCUCUCUCUCUCUCUCUCUCUCCAAGAAAGCGUAGUUGUGUACUCGAGUUAUUGAGGGAUAGGCAAAUUUUGCUGAGAGGGAGGAGAAUUUGAAAAUUCCGAUGGGAAGUGUCUAAGGGAGGUUCUAUGAGAAGAAAGUGGAAAUUUUUCGCUAAUCGAAGGACUUUUGGCAAUUGAAGUGGAAAGAGAAGCUUCGCUGUCCACCAUAUUUAAGGACCUGGUGCAUGCUUCGUCAGUCAGUUCACUCUUCGUUUUCAAGUUCAUUCUUCAAUUCAAAGUGUGAGAAGAUGGAAGGAAUCAACGAUAGCAUGAAGGCAGCUUUUGAGAAGGUCAACGGCUACAGAACAAUUGUCCAUCUCUUUAAUGUGGCGUGGCAGUUGAUGUCCUGGACAUCGAAUGGAAUUAAUGAUGAUUCCAUUUUGAGAAAGUCUCUACCAGCCGAGUUAACUGCUGCGAUGAAGCAGCUGCAUGAGGGUGCGGCCACCUCACCAGAGUCGCAACAACAGCAGCAACUUCCGUCGAUUGGUGUGAUGCAGAUGUUUAAAAGUAUAUCAUCCUUAUCAGAGAUGCACCAUCAGCAGCAGCUUCCACAGGAGCAAAACUCGCAGCAACAAGCAGCAGUCGCAGCAGAAGUCGCAUCCGCAGCAAAAGCCACAACCGCAGCCAAAGCCACAACCGCAGCCAAAGCCACAACCGCAGCUAAAGCCGCAGUCAUAGCCAAAGCCAAAGCCAAAGCCAGAACCACAGCAGAAGCCAAAGCCGCAACCGCAGCCAGAACCUCAGCAGAAGCGAAAGCAGCAGUCGCAGCCAAAGCCACAGCAGAAGCCGCAACCACAGCCAAAGCCGCAGCAUAAGCCAAAGCAGCAGUCGCAGCCAAAGCCGCAGCAGAAGCCAAAGCAGCAGUCGCAGCGAAAGCCGCAGCAGAAGCCGCAUCCGCAGCCAAAGCCGCAACCACAGCCGCAGCCACAGCACCAGCUAGGAAGCCACUCAGGGACCCUCGCUCUCCGCCGGCAGCCAAAAGUGAUCGCCCUUCUACGUCUGCGAAAACUGAACGUCCGUCCUCAUCAAGCGAUCGCAAUCGCUCAUCUUCGAGAAACGACCGCACUUCUGUAAGAAGCGAUCGCUCUUAUGUACCAAGCGAUCACCGCACAAGUACGACAAGCACGAGAGCUGAUUGCCAAGCGUCGAAUACAUCUGUUAGCGCUGUUGAGCAUUUACAGCCUCCUCUAUGAUCCGUAAUAGCAUCCAAGGGGAUUAAGCUAUCACAAUCUUCAAGGGCGAGAUCAAGCUCGCGUUCAGGCUCAAGCUCGAGUUCAGGCUCAAGCUCGAGUUCAGGCUCAAGCUCGAGUUCAGGCUCAAGCUCGAGUGUAGGCUCAAGCUCGAGUUCUGGCUCGAGCACCAGCUCGGGAUCCAGGUCGGGAUCCGGCUCUGACAAAAGCGGAAGUUCAAGAAAGAGGAAAUCUGAUGAUGAAGCAAUCAAUGGUAUAGGUGGUAAAAGGAUGACAAUCACAUCAUCUCAAGAGAGCGAGAAAUCAGCAGAAAAGAAGGAACGGAGAAAACUUACGUUGUCUUUAAAAAAGACUGAUCUACCACCACCAUCUCCGCGACAGCAGCCAUCACCACAGCCUCUCUAUCAUGCAGAUCAGCCGAUGCCACUUCAGCAUCAAGCAGAUCAACCGAUGCAACUUCAGCAUCAACAAGAACAGCAAAUGCCACUACAGCAACGAGCACGACCGCGUAUAUUGCAUGACGAAAUGCUCAACGAUCCGCUUAUCGUGUUCAAUAAGAAAGCAAAUAUGCGAAA